UAACUCUUCCAAAGCUAAAGAGUAAGUGACUUAGAGAUACUCUUUUAGUCACAACCUCUCUCUUUCACCACCAUCAGGCAAAAAUGCCAUUGUCCAUAUCUUUUACACAGGUCCACCUUCUUCAAGCUAAGCGAUCUCUACUAGCUCCUUGAAGGAUGUGUCAAUCAACUUGGCAGGUUGCCUUGGGAAUUAUAAUAUAGGACUAAAACCAAGCCUAAUGGUACACAUAGCACGAAAGAGUCACUCAGCUGAGUGGGAAUCUCAGAGCAGUUGGACACACAGAAGAAAGGACCUCAUCAUUAUUCAGGAGUAAAAUGUAUAGGCCAAGAUCGGUGAUACCACAGUCAAGAUUCUUCAGUCCGUUUGUAGUAGCCUUCAUUGUCAUAGCAGCAGUCCUGCUCCUGGCUAUGACUGUAGGUCUACUCAUUCACUUUUUAGCUUUUGACAAGAGAACUUACUUUUACCAUAGCAGCUUUCAAAUCCUAAAUGUUGAAUACACCGAGGCUUUAAAUUCACCAGCAACACAGGAAUACAGGCAUUUGAGCGAAAGAAUUGAGUCUAUGAUUACUGAUGCAUUCCGACAAUCAAAUUUAAAAAGUGAGUUUAUCAGAACACAUGUUGUCAAACUGAGGAAUGAAGGUAACGGUGUAAUCGCAGAUGCUGUCAUGAAAUUUCGAUCUAGUAAACGUAGCAAUAGAAGAUCCAUGAAAAGCAGAAUUCAAUCUGUGCUACGAGCACUGAGCAACUCUGGAAACUUGGAAAUAACCCCUUCAAAUGAGAUAACAUCACUCACUGACCAGGAUACAGAAAAUUUUUUGACUCAAGAAUGUGGAGCCCGUCCAGAUCUUAUAACACUGUCAGAAGAGAGAAUCAUUGGAGGCACUCUAGCCGAGACAGGUGACUGGCCCUGGCAAGUCAGUCUACAGCUCAAUAAUGUCCACCACUGUGGAGGUAUCCUGAUCAGUAACUCAUGGGUCCUGACAGCAGCUCACUGCUUCAGAAGCUACUCUAAUCCUCUGCAAUGGACUGCCACCUUUGGUGUUUCUACAAUACAACCUCUCUUAAGAGUGAGAGUAAGGGCUAUUAUAGCCCAUAACAAUUACAGACCCACAACUCGUGAUAAUGAUAUUGCAGUUAUACAACUUGAAAGACCUAUCACCUUUAGCAGAAAUAUCCAUAGGGUGUGUCUCCCAGCUCCAACCCAAAGUAUCAUACCUGGUUCUAUUGCAUAUGUCACAGGAUGGGGAUCACUCACCUAUGGAGGCAACACAGUCACAGACCUACGGCAAGGACAGGUCAGAAUAAUAAGUACAGAUGUUUGCAAUGAACCAGCUGGUUACAGUGGAAGCGUCUUGCCUGGAAUGCUCUGUGCUGGAGUGCCUUCAGGUGCAGUGGAUGCAUGCCAGGGUGAUUCUGGUGGCCCACUAGUACAAGAAGACUCACGGCGGCUUUGGUUUGUGGUGGGGAUUGUGAGCUGGGGAUAUCAGUGCGGCCUGCCAAAUAAGCCAGGCGUGUAUACCCGAGUGACAACCUACCGCGACUGGAUCAGACAGCAGACUGGGAUCUAGUGCAGCAAAGGCAAAGGUUCUGUGCCACGCGUAGGCAAGUGUGCCCGACUCAGAUGUCACAGCUUUGCUUUUCAACUGCAAAGGAAACGGGAAAUGUCUCCCUUCAACAUCCUAGUCUAUCAAUAUGCCUUAACAAACAGUAUUCAACAUUUCUUUGUCAGUAUGGAAUUUUACUUUCUCAAGAAAAACCAUGUGAACAUUGCAUUGUUUUGUGGCUAAACAGGAGAGGAAAUAAUGUUAAACUAGUUAUAGGAUUAAUGAUUUUGUUACAGGAACGAUAAGCUGUAGUAGUGAGAAAUUGGAUGCCUUGAGUAGAGGAACCUGGACAAGGAAGAAGAGUCAGGGGAGUUCUCUGAUGACAUCUCAUUGAAGCUGGUAGUACGUAGAAAGUAGGAUUGUGUGAAAUAAGUCAGAGCAUAUUAUGAAUAGAAUAGCCGUGUUAGGAUAGAAAAACAGUAUUUAGAAUGUCUGGAAAGUCAAUAUUUUAUAGAAAAAGUUGGUUCUAACAUUACAUUUUGAAGCCACUGUACAAAAAUUGUAAAACCUGUAGCUAACCCAAUUAUUUGACAAUAUUACGUUCCUAUACAGAUCUCCCAAGAUGUUCUUGGGUAUUGAACAUCAGAGCUAAAACAGUUGUUUUCAAGUGAAACUAACAGACUUAUAAGUAGUUUUAAUGAUGAAAUUUAAUUUUAAAUGUUUUAUCUACAUAGAAAAGAGGACAUAUCUCCUUCAUGGAGAAGCUGAGCAAUGAAUCCACACAGCCUGUUCUCAGCUAUCUUUGCAACCACAAGGCUUGUUGGGAAGAAAAUCCUACUACCAAAAAAAAAGAAAAAGAAAAAGAAAAGAAAAGAAAGAAAAUCCUACUAUCAACGUCCUACAAUUGGCAUUAUUUUUUAGAGUAACCUGAUGCUCAACAGCAAAAUUUAAGUAACAAAUUAAAAGUUAGUGAUGAAAAGAGGUAAAGAGCUGGUUUGUAAAGGCAAAGACUAAACAGUUAAUAUCAACAAAUCUCUUCUGGAGACAGAAGGAUCUCAGAUGCAUACACAGUCUCUCUGUCUUUCUUGUCUCUCUAUGUGUUUAUCUUUCUA